AUGGUUAAUAUACAAUUUGGCAAGCGGUAUAUUUUCGUUGCUUGCUGCCGAGAGAAGUGCCGCGAAUCCCAGUUCAGGACACUCGAUAGCCAUCCGCUGAAGUUUUGGGUUAAGAACAAUAGCAAGUCUUCUGUUUGUGCGGAUGAGACAACUAAGGUCUUUGGCAUCAAGCUGGCACCCGAUUUUCACGAGGAUCUCGGUGGGUAG